AUGGCAGCAGCAGCAGCAGUAGGAAUUCACCUGCUGCUGCUGGACCUGCACCUCAUCUUCUUGUCACCUCCUCCUCCGGUUGGUCCGCCGGGAGGUGCUGUCGGAGGAAGAAGCACUUCACGAGUGCAAAAAGUGUCUGCUCUCCGGGAAAUCGGAUCGAACAGAAGGCCGCUGAACAGUUAUGAAGGACAAAGAAAACGAAUAGGCAAUCAGAGGACAGAGGAGGAACGAGAUACCGCCAAGAAGAAGAAGAAGAAGAAGAAAAAGGGAAAGAAGAGGGUGUGCGACCCGGCUCCUCAGCGGAAAAAGGAAGCGCUCCAUUCCAAAGGGCUCCGGGAAGGAGUCCGGAAGAGUUCGAGUGCACACUGGGCGCGACCUCUGCACUCACCCACGGAUGGGAACAUGGACGACGUCCGCCGCCACCGACAAACGAGUUCCGACGACGACGACGACGACGACGACAAUGUGGAUGAACUCGACAAAUAUAAUCCGUAA